AUGUCGGUCGCAGGCUUGUCACAGUUGCUGCAGAAUACAGCUUACCAACAUGGAACAAUCGCAGACAUGGUGUUUCGAAUUUGCAGAAAUGAGGACAUUGCAACGAUAGGACGGGUUGCAUCGUUAUUUUGGUGCAUUUGGCAUAAUCGAAACGACAAGAUCUGGAAUGACAAUAUUCAGUCCCCGAGCCAAGUUGGAAGCAUGUCGUUCGUCGUCUGGAAUGAGUGGUUUACCGUCCACCAACUGCAGCGUCAUAAUGUUGUUCAUGUUGAGGAUCCUAGGCCGGUUCGAUGGGAGAAACCAGGAGUGAGAUGGAUAAAAUGUAAUGUUGAUGUUGCGUUUGUAGUUGAGUCUGGUGUUACUUCUAUGAGUUUUUGCUUUCGUGAUACCAAUGGGCAUUUUGUGACUGGUUUGACUCAAUGGCAGCAACCUUUUUAUUCCAUAGUGGAAGGCGAAACAUGGACACUAUUACAUGCUAUGAAAGAGGCUAUCCAUCGUGAAAUAGGCUAUCCAAUCAGCGAGUUUAAUUUGAAAGUGACUCAAAGUUGUUGGUUGACGCUAUCCAUUCGAGAAGACGAGGCAAUUCAGAAUUUAGUUUAA